AAGUUCAAAGAGCUCAUCCCCGCCGUGGGCCUGGCCGAGGACAUGCUGGCCGUCCUGCCUGAGUCGGGGAAAUGGCACAUCGUCGCUCUGGCCUCUGACUCGGAGGGCUUCCUCCGAAGGAAGGACGAGCUGAAGAUGGCAAUGGCCAACGUCACGGUCCUGAGAGGGGGCGACCUGAAGGUGUCCUUUGCAAUUCCCUCCCCGGGCAGGUGUAAGAAGUCGGAGGCGAUCUACAAGCAAACAGGCGUCCCGGGGGAAUAUCACAGCCCUGAGAGAGGCAAUAAAACGGUGCAGGUGCUGGAUACCGACGGCAAGACCUACGCUGUCAUCUUCGCCUCCAGGGUGAAGGACUGGCAGACCUUGCACAUGCUGAGGCUCUACAGCAGAACCCAGAAGGUGAGCCCCGAAAUCGUGGCACUGUUCAAGAAGCUCGCGAGGGAGAAGAGCUUCACCGACGAGAUGAUCAGGAUGCUGCCCAGGCAGGAGGAAUGCAGCCUCGAUGGAGCCUCCCUGCCCAGCCUCUCCCUGGCCCUGCGGCCCCACGGCCGGCAUCCUGCCUUCAACCACAGGCAGUGGUUCCCCCAGCAGGGGUUUGGCCGGGCGCUGUGGGAGCACUGGGCAGAGGGGCUGGCAAGGACUGGGUUGGGCAGCAGAGACCAGCCCGGGCACCCGGGUCCCAUCCAGCUGCUGGAGACACCAGUGGGUGCUGGGGCAAGGGAGGUGCUGGACCUGCCUUUGGUGCACGCGGCGCAGUUUGGAGACUUCCGGUCGACGGCCGUGGUGCUGUGA